AUGGUUCGAAUGAGCGCCGCGUUGGCGAAAUAUUGGGAUUCUUUCGAGAAUGCGUCUGACUCCGAGAUCGGCCGCGAGAAAAGCGAAGAUCCCGAACAGGUCGACACGACAAAAAAGGAGACAAGAGAAUGGCUUUCUCAGCUAUCCCUCUCGAUCGAGCAAGAAUGCUCGUCGAUUCUUUACGCGAAAAGUCUCCUCAAUCUCGAGGAAAGCACACAGCAAUGCCCAUCGAGUCCCAAACUGCGGUCGCAUCGCGUGAGUGUCUUGAUCAACAAUCCUCAACUCUCGCAAUCCCUUCAAAAUGUCCACCAACCGCCUCCAAAGCCGCGGCGAUGCAUCGCCCGGAUGACAGCCGCCAACGGGAAUCCCGAUAUACCGGCAUUCUCGGCGGCCACUCCCUCCUCGACGAGACUUUCAUCGUACUCCACUCAAGAUCUCGUCGAGUUGUGCAGAGAUUCGCACUUUUUGAAAUCAAAGGAAUUUGAGCAGGCACAAGCGAUUCCCCAAUUUCCCACCGCUGCCGCCGACUCGCCGCGAAGUCUUCGUCGACCGAUUCCAAAACAAGACAAAGGCACUCAGUGGACUCCCCCGGGAUUCCGUGAGCGCCGUCGCAUCUCGACGAUCGAUAUUUCGGGAAAUUUUGUCCCGCCGACACCGCCACCCUAUGAUCAGCUUCGAAUCCGAGUCGAACGAUCGGGCAGUCGGGUGAUCGGCUACCGGAAAGCGGUUCAACAUCAAUUGCGGCACACAAUUGCCGUAAAUCACGACGACAUUGAGGCGGCUAUGAAUAACGGUGAAAGACCGAAUCCAAAUCAUCGUUCCCUUCCACCGCUUCCCUCACCGAAAUCGCUGAACUCAACAAGCACGGAGAGUGUCGAUUCCGGGCAGUGUUCCGGGGAAUUCAACGGUAACUGCCUUCCCCCACAAUCCGAGCGAUCCGUCGAUCCUCCCCCUCCAACUCUUCCCAAAUCUCGUCCACCACAAAUGCGACGAAUGGAAGCGAUCAAUCAAUCACAAGACGAAAUAUCGAUUCAUGAAGAAAUCUAUGCAAAUUAUCAGAAAGGAUGUUUACCUGGUUAUCCCAGGAUGGCAAGCACAAUGGAUCACGUGCUCCGCACAGCUUCUUCAAUCUAUUCCCUCGUGAGCUCAUCGCAGACACCGCAAACUGCAAGAGAUCUCCUCGCCAAGUCAGCUGUUUUCAUUCAAAUCGUCGAGUCGAGCCCGUGCGCCUCAUUCCUGCCGAAAUAUGAUCUCGAUGUGGUUAGAUUGCAACUCGGCGAUCUGCAGCGUUCCCUGCCCGAUCCGUCAAUCGUUCACCCGCAAACGAUCAUCUCAAAACCUCCACUAAUCACCAACUAUUUCACGAUCGUUUUGCGGAGAAUGGUCGAACAAGUAUUGUCUUUGUUUUCAAAGAUAAUCUCUCGAUACUUGGGCGAAUGCGUGAACAAGGAUCGAUUGCUAACAAUCGCUUUGGAACAUCUCAUUCAUCUUGUCCUUUUUGGUGACGAGCUCUGUUUAGAGACAAUUCAGUGUGGUGGUCUAUCAUCCCUCUUGAAACUCCUUCGUCAACCAACAACUCACAAUGAAACAUCGAGACUUUUGUUGAGAGCUUUGGCCGUUCUCUGUGGUGUCUCCAAAGGGUGCCUUCAGCUAUUAGCGGUGGGUGGCCUUGAAGUAAUCCUUCAACAACUUCAUGGCACGUCAAUCCCGUGCUCUAUCGAGGCGGCCGGUGUUUUGACUCAAUUGACGAAUCCUCAGCACGCUUUCGUUCAAUUGAGCAAUAUCGAAGCGAUUGUGAUUCGAUUAUUGGAAGUGAUCGACGUCUGCGAAACGGCCGAAUCGUUGCUUCUUUGUACGGCCGCUUUGGCCAAUACAUCACUGCAGGAAACCUCUGCAAUCGAAUUUUUCUACAAAUUCAACGCCGUCUCUCGCCUCAUUUCCGCCUACAAUCGCCAGAAUUGCAGCACGAUUUUCGUCCAAGAACAGUUGGUGACGAUUCUGUCGCGAAUGGCCGCUCGUCACUACGAGGAUUGCCUUGUUUCCCAGGGUGCUGUGCCGGUUCUUCUCGAAAUGCUCACCGUCACCGAUAGUAUUCACUCGGAUUACUGUAGGAGAAUACGAUACAAAGCCGCCGUCUGCAUUGGAACACUGGCGACAACGGGCGUCGGCUUGAAGGCACUUUAUAAUAAUCAAGCCUACGCCAUCCUGUGCACUGUACUCCAAAUGGAGAACGCGGCAUCGAAUCCAUUGGGAAUGAUCUGUGCAAAUAUCAAGAGCAAAUUGGAGGGACGAUACGAAACAGAGAGUGCUGUU